AAGGAACAGCAUUUACUAUAACUAGAAUUAAAUAUAAUAAUAAUAAAAAAGCAAUCAUCAGCGAUUUUCUCCAAAAAAUUCAUCUAAGUCGAAAAUGAGUCAAACUGUUGUUCUUAUUACUGGUGGAAACCGUGGGCUGGGCCUUGGGCUAGUUGAGAGCUUUCUUUCCCAGCCUAACCAUACCGUUAUUUCUGCCAACCGGGACACCAGCCAUCCAACUUCCAAAGCGCUUGCCGAUCUGCCCAAGGCCGAAGGCAGCAGUCUUGUUGUCUUGAAAUACGAUGCUGGGGUUGAGCAGGAUGCUUUUGACCUUGUGAAGGAUCUGAAAGGAGAGCAUGCAAUUAAUCACCUUGAUAUUGUUGUCGCCAAUGCUGGCAUCUCAAAGUCUUACCCACUUGUGAAGGAUGUCCGGCGAGUUGAUAUCCAAGAACAUAUCGAUAUAAAUGCCUACGGUGUGGUAUCUUUAUACCAGGCCACACGAGAUCUUUUGCAACAGUCGACUAAGAAGCCUAUAUUCGUCACCAUUGGUUCUGGGGCCGGCGCACUUGGAAGACAGCCACCAGUCCCGAAUGCUGCGUAUGGGCCAUCAAAAGUUCUGGUAAACUGGUACGGUGUCAGAAUUAACGCCGAGGACGAAUGGCUCAAUGCUUUUGUCUUGGAGCCUGGCUUCGUUCAGACGGACAUGGGAAAUAAUGCAGCGCAGAUUCUUGGCAUUGGUGAAGCUCCUACUUCAGUAGAGGAGUCUGUAGGGGGCUUGUUUAAAGUCAUUACAACGGCAACCAAGGAGACACAUGGUGGUAAGGUCGUGUUGUACACUGGUGAAAUUCUGAGCUUUUGAUCAUAUUGUGGCUUCAAGGGAGAAGCUUGUGUUAAAUGAUCCAAGCAUAGCGCUGCCGCUAAAUUAAUUAAAUUAAAUCCAGUACCCAGAUUUAAUUAAUUAAUAGAAAAUAAAG